AUUUCAAUUUCCACAAUUAGCUAGUAGAUACAAAGAUCUCUCUAUUUUCCAGCAGAUAUUUUUCCCCAUUUUCUCUUGGUCAACAUCAUCUACUACAUCUCUGAGUAGAUCCUGCAAAAAAACACAACACCAAAAGAAUAUGGUGUCUGAACGAGCUAAGCUUCACACAGCCUUGACUUUUUUACAAUUCUGUCAUGCAGGAAAUCAUAUAUUUCUCAGAAUUGCACUUAAUACAGGAGUCAGCAAGCUUGUUUUUCCUGUUUAUAGAAACAUCACUGCUUUCAUUCUUCUUGCUCCACUCGCAUAUUUCACUGAAAGGAAAGAUAGGCCACCAAUAAACAGUUAUUGUUUGUUGCAGUUUUUCCUACUUGGACUUGUUGGAAUAACUAUGAAAGAAGGAUUUUACCUUGUGGGUUUGGACAAUACAUCGCCGACAUUUGCUUCUGCUAUGCAAAAUUCUGUUCCUGCCCUUACAUUUCUUAUGGCUGUGAUACUAAGAUAUGAGAGCUUGCGCUUAAAUAGGCUUAAUGGUAUAGCUAAGGUUCUUGGAGUACUUGCUUCUGUUGGAGGAGCUUCAAUCAUUACCCUUUACAAAGGACCAACAAUUUAUGCUCCGGAAUCACCUUUAGCAGUGCAUCAGGGACAAUUCUUGUCGCUAUUUGAGGAUUUCAAUGGGAAAAACAUGAGCUUGGGUGGCAUUUUUCUCUUUGGUCACUGUUUGAGUUGGUCUGGUUGGAUUGUGAUGCAAGCAUUUGUUCUGAAAAAUUAUUCAGCACAACUUACUGUUUCUGCUUUUACUUGCUUAUUUGGUAUUGUGCAGUUUGGGACAAUUGCGGCAUUUUUUGAGAAGGAUCCCAAAGCUUGGCAGCUCAAUUCCAUUGAUGAGGCCUAUAGUAUUUUGUACUCGGGAGUGGUGAUUUCAGGGGUGGCAGCAGCAAUACAAAUAUGGACUAUUAGCAAAGGAGGGCCAGUGCUUGCUUCAAUUUAUCUUCCCUUACAGACAUUGCUUGUAGCUUUGAUAGCAUCCAUUGUUUUUGAUGAAGAGUUCUUCUUGGGAGGGAUAAUUGGAGCGAUCUUAAUUAUAACCGGUUUAUACCUUGUUGUAUGGGGAAGAAGUCAAGAAACCAAGUCUGAUGAGCCUGAGAAUCGCGUGGAUCGCGUGGAAGAAAAAAUUGACAGUUCUUCCCUCAUCCAACCAUUGAUUUCUGUGCACAACUCGUAGAUUUUAGAGGAACAAUUUUAUAUGCUAGUAAAACUGUAAUAGUUUCUUGAGCCUUAAGUUAAGGUGACCAAAUAUUACACCAUUUCUUUGAUGUAGCAGUGUAUUUUUGCAAGUGCCAACAAUUGAUACGGAUGCACUGCAAUUCAGAUAGUUGAACAUAUAGAAAAGAAUAGCAAUUGGUGGAUAAUUGAUAUAUAUAUAUAUGGUGUACUACAUAAUAAGCUACCUACAAAAGCUAUUUCACA